AUGUUGUUCAAACUCAACAUAGAGCUCUUUCCUCUCCCAUUUCCCCUUGCUUCUUCUGACAGUUUUCAACGAGAAUACGCAAGUGUCCAUCACAAAUUCUUUCCGUUCGACCAUGUCUACCUCGAUUCAAAAGCUCAACUUGCCCUCCUGGCUACCCCAGCCCACUGUGCCGGCAAAACUUACAUCGUCACCGGCGCAAACUCUGGCCUUGGUUUCCACGCAGCCCUACACCUGGCCAAGCUUGGCGCCGGUAGACUUAUUCUCGCAGUGCGCAACUUGGCCGCAGGAGAGGAGGCCAAGGCCCGCAUUCUCAGUGCCGUUCCUGAUGCGAAGACAGUCAUUGAGGUGUGGUCAUUGGAUUUGGCGAAGUAUAACACCAUCGUGCAGUUUGCGAACCGCGCAGAGAGGGAGCUGGAGAGGAUUGAUGGGCUGAUUGAAAACGCUGGUGUUUGUCCUGGGAAGAGGGAGAUUGCGGAGGGAAGGGUGAGUGCUAUUACGGUGAAUGUAGUUGGGACGUUGUUGUUGCUGGCGUUGAUGCUUCCUGGAAUGGGGAGGAAAGCGAAAAAGUAUGGGGAGGUGGCCAGGCUGGUGGUGGUGAGUAGCUCGCUUGGAUUCCAGGACUGGGUGAAGGGAGCCUUGGAAGGGAUCAAGGGAGAACAGGGCCUGCUGGCAGCUGUGGAUAAAGGAGAGGGGGAGUAUGAGACGAUGAAAGUCUAUGCCCUCUCGAAGCUGCUUUUGACCUUCGCGACACGCUAUAUUGCUCGCUUCCUGGUCCCUGACCCAACCAAGUCGGGAGUCAUCAUUACGACUGUUUGUCCAGGCCUCUGCGAUACAGGAUUGCCACGCUAUGCGCCGCCAGAGGUACAAGCCCCUGCUCUCAAGUUGAUCGAGCAGUGUGGGCGUACUGCGGAGGACGGCAGUCGCACUCUUCUGCACGGAACUGUGGCCGGGAUUGAGAGCCACGGGCGAUUUCUUCAACAUUGCGAAGAGGGAGAUGAUAUCCCAGACUGGAUCAGGGACGAUGUGGGCAUGCAGCGGAAGAUUUGGGAUGAUGUAGCGAGGGAUUUGGAAGAUGCUUCACCAGGGGUUAUUGAUCACUUGUUGGCAGCAGCACGAUGA